CCAUUUCACACAGCGACUCCCAAAAGUGUUGUACAUUUUGUGCAGGCAGAGAAAAGUAGUCUGUAGUGCGCAGGACCUUAUCCUUUAAAAAACAUGAGAGUCGUCUGGAUUCACGGAACUUACAGGAGCGGCAAUGCUUUACUGCCCGCUCCAAAUACAAAUCGCGAUUUAGGUACGUGGUGUGAAAGGAGGAAAAAUGCUUAAAAUUAUUUUUUAAUUUGCAUUUGCUGCAUCUUCCCGGAAACGAAUUUUUUUUCGCAGUCAACAUAUGGCGACAACUGGGUAGCAGCAAGUCAGUCAACGCAGUAAUGAGCACGCAGCGGCUUAAGAAAAACCCCUUCCAGUAGUCCUCUGGAGUGGCAAUUGAGGUUUGGAAUGGCAGGGGUUAGGCAGAAGAGCUCAUUACUGGGUGCCCUAAUUCUCUUCAUCAUAGCGAGGGGCCAAGUAAGCCUAGGGUUACCCUGCAAGACGGAGGGGCAGACCUGCUCAGCGUUGGUGAGCUUCGUUCCGGUGGAGAACACGAAUGUGUCGGCCCUAACUUCUCUUUUUCAGCUCAGCAGUUACCAGCAGCUUUUGGGGGCCAACGCCUGGAAUUUCUCGCUGGGCGCCAACACGGGUAUUCCGAAAGGGAAGAUUGUGAAGGUGCCCAUCACCUGUGUCUGCUCCAAUGCCACUGGGAUCUCUCAAGAUGGACCCAAAUAUAAAGUGCAGCCAGGCAAUACUCUCUCCAUCAUUGCAGGAACCAUCUUUGGAGGGCUUCUUAACUACUCUGAUAUUCAGAAGGUCAAUCCCCAGAUCACGGAUGCCAAUAAAAUCUUUGCAGGCGACACUUUUCGAAUCCCUUUGCCCUGCAGCUGUUCGUCCUCCAACUCCUCGAAAGAGAUCCAUUAUUCGUAUCUAGUUCAGAAGGGGAAUACGCUCGAUGCCAUCGCUUCUCAGGCGGGCACCACCGAAUCCACACUCAAGGCGCUCAAUAAUAUUACCGAUUCUUCCCUUCUCCAAGCCGGAAAGGUUAUUGAUGUUCCGCUCAAAGCUUGCUCGUCAAACUUUUCUACAACAGCCACAGACAGAAAUCUACUUGUUGCAAAUGGGAGUUAUGCUUUCACUGCUAGCAAUUGUUUGCAGUGCAGCUGUGGGCCAAGUGACUUAGACUUAUACUGUGUGAAAGCAAAUCUGGGUGCAUCCUGUUCUAGCAUGACAUGCAAAAGCAGCAACCUUAUGGUUGGAAACAUGAGUACAACGAAUACGAGUGCUGGGUGUAACGUUACAAAAUGUUCUUACAAUGGCUAUAUUAAGAAAACAAUUUUGACACUUUUGGAAACUUCCAUUCAGCCACAAUGCCCUGCAAACCAUGUUUUACCUACUUUGACAACACCCCCACCUGUUCUAGCUCCUGCACCUGCACCUGCACCUGGAACUGAAACUCCAGCCAGCUCUCCUAGCGGCGCCGAAUCUCCAACCAGCUCUCCGAGCGGCGUUGAAUCUCCAGCCAGCCGUGGUACUGGAUCUUCACCCGGUUCUCCUAGCGGUGUUUCUCCACCUUCAAAUUCUAUGGCAGCUGAUUCACUUAGCUCAUUGCCUCUUGCUACCAUGUUGGUUUUAGUGCUUCUUCUGAUUCACUUUGGUGAAUGGUAGUUCCUUGUUAGUAAAUUAAGGUUUACAAGUCAAAGUUACUUAGUUUGAUGGGAAGUUAUUUAUGUAACAAGAAAAUAAUGGCUUUAUAAAGUCAAUAUAUUGGAUAUUACAUUACUAAAAGAUUAUAAUAAAAUUACUAUUUUAGUUUUGUUUACAA